UUAACAUACUGCUGCAUGGGCUGGGCUGUAGUUACAUUGUAAGGUUUUAAAAACUGAGCUUAAAAAAUGAAUAGUAAUGGUAAAAUCCGAGAGAGGCCGACAGUGAUCACUGACUGUUUUAGAUUAAAUAAAACAAGAUACAAAGAGAACACGCUAAAAACACAACAGCCUUAAUAAAUGCAGAGUAGUUUGGACCCAGAAGCAGGAUUCAUCAGGUCAUCACUUAAUGAUCGGAUAUUCCACCCUCUGUGAAUGGUUUAAUGCAGUACAGUUGUUAUUAUUAUCACUCGUCACAUCCUGUUUAUGACAGUUAAAAUAAAUAACAUUCAUAAGAAAAUUGUCUGUGUAAACUGUAUCUGGUGUUUAUUAGGCCGAUACUACUGUACUUUAAUGUAAUUGAUAAGGAUAGUACUCCAAGAGCCAUAUAUUUUAUGAGGUGGUACUCAUUGUGAAAAGCUUGAGUAGUAAGGCAUUCCUAGUUGACACACCUGCAGCACAAUGUGGAGCUCUGGGAUGGUUCCUCUGGAUUGGCAGACUGGGAAGGUGGUCCCCAUCAUUAUGAAAGAGAACUGGAGGGUGGAUGCUCCACCUAUACAGCGUCUUGAGUUUUCCUGGAAUUGUUUAUGUCAGGGUACCAGAGACAAGAGUUCAUUUGCUACUAGAACACUGGAUUCAGGAGGAGCAGUUUUUGUCAUGGUUGAAACAAUGGACCAGUUCUUUAUCCUCUCGAGGAUAUUUGAGGUUGUGUGGGACUUUACCCAACCAGUCUACAUGUUAUCAUUUGAUACUGAUGGUGAGAAACACCAUACCACCUGUCUGCCUGUCACCUGUGUCUCACCUGUCUGUCUCUCUGCAGACCUUCAUUGUGCUCAGUAAAGGAAACGUGAUCUACAGGUUUAAUGCUGAACCCGCCUGUUACCUGCUGAGUCCAUUCAACCCACUCAGGAUCUUAGCCAUCAAGGUCCUCAUUCAUUCUUUAUUCAGUCUGUUCAUUAUGGUAACGAUUCUGACCAACUGUGCGUUUAUGACGAUGAGUGACCCACCAGCAUGGAGCAAGACAGUCGAAUAUGUGUUCACAGGCAUCUACACAUUUGAAGCAUCUAUCAAAGUUUUGUCUCGAGGAUUCUGCAUCGGAGACUUCACCUUCCUCAGAGACCCGUGGAAUUGGCUGGACUUCAUGGUCAUCAGCAUGGCAUAUUUGACGGAAUUUGUGGAUUUGGGAAAUGUGUCGGCAUUGAGGACAUUCCGAGUUCUUCGAGCUCUUAAAACGAUUACCGUCAUCCCUGGUCUGAAAACAAUUGUUGGAGCUCUCAUCCAAUCAGUGAAGAAGCUUGCUGAUGUCAUGAUUCUGACAGUUUUCUGCCUCAGUGUCUUCGCUCUGAUUGGUCUUCAGCUCUUCAUGGGAAACCUGAGGCAAAAAUGUGUCCUGAUGCCACCACCAUUUCUUAGCAACCACACGUCAGACAGUAAUCUUAACACCAGUUUCUAUGGCAAUGACACUUACAGCAACAACACGGGAAGCAGUAACUUUGACUUCUACGAGUACAUCAACAACCCAGAGAACCAUUACUACUAUCCUGGUCAUGCUGAUGCUCUGCUGUGUGGAAACAGCUCUGAUGCUGGGGUCUGUCCGGAUGGUUACGUCUGUAUGAAGGCAGGGAGAAACCCAAACUACGGCUACACCAGCUACGACACUUUCGGUUGGGCGUUCCUGGCUCUUUUCAGACUCAUGACUCAGGACUUCUGGGAAAAUCUGUUCCAGCUGACUUUGCGAGCCGCCGGUAAAACCUACAUGAUCUUCUUUGUGGUCGUCAUCUUCCUCGGGUCAUUUUACCUCAUUAACCUCAUCCUGGCUGUGGUCGCCAUGGCGUACGCCGAGCAGAAUCAAGCCACCAUCGCUGAAGCCAAACAGAAGGAGGAGGAGUACGCUCAGAUCCUGGAGGCGCUGAAGAGGAGAGAAGAGGAGCAGGCAACCAGGACGGCAGAGCUGUUAGAGGAUGCAGACCCAACACUGCAGAAGAAAAAUUCAUCUACAGAUUUAAACAGCCACAAGCUAGAGCACAAUGCAAUGGAAGAAUUUGAGGAUGACCAGAGGCCGUGUCCUCCAUGUUGGUAUGUGUUCGCUGACAUCUUCCUGAAGUGGAACUGUUGUGGCUGUUGGCGAUGGCUCAAGCAGUGGCUCUUCAUCAUUGUUAUGGAUCCAUUUGUGGACCUCACCAUCACCAUCUGCAUCGUCCUCAACACUGUCUUCAUGGCUAUGGAGCAUUAUCCAAUGACAGAGGAGUUUGAGGAGCUGCUGAGUGUUGGGAAUCUGGUCUUCACAGGUAUCUUUACAGCUGAAAUGGUCCUUAAGCUUCUGGCCAUGGACCCGUAUUACUACUUCCAGGUGGGCUGGAACAUCUUUGACAGCAUCAUUGUCACCAUGAGUCUGGUUGAACUGGGAUUAGCUAACGUUCAGGGCCUAUCAGUGUUACGCUCAUUCCGACUGAUGCGAGUAUUUAAGCUGGCCAAGUCCUGGCCAACCCUGAACAUGCUGAUAAAGAUCAUCGGGAACUCGGUGGGGGCUCUUGGGAACCUGACUCUGGUUCUUGCCAUCAUUGUCUUCAUCUUUGCUGUCGUCGGCAUGCAGCUGUUUGGGAAGAACUAUAAAGACUGCGUCUGUCGCAUUGCAGAGGACUGUGAGCUUCCUCGCUGGCAUAUGCAUGACUUCUUCCACUCCUUCCUCAUCAUCUUCAGGGUGCUGUGCGGUGAGUGGAUCGAGACCAUGUGGGACUGUAUGGAGGUGUCGGAUCAGACCAUGUGUCUGAUUGUCUUCAUGAUGGUCCUGGUUAUUGGAAACCUGGUGGUCCUGAAUCUGUUCCUGGCCUUGUUGCUGAGUUCUUUCAGUGGUGAUAAUCUAGCAGCUCCAGAAGAUGAAGGAGAAAACAAUUUACAAAUCGCCAUAAACCGGAUUAACCAGGCUGUGGCCUGGACCAAGUUCUGGAUCCUGGAACACAUCUGGGCUUUAGUGAGAAAUAAGAAACAAGUCAACCAAGACCAGUCCAGUGCAGUCAGUUGUGAGGAAGACGACACAAUGAUGAAGGAGGUAUUACCUUUGACCUUUGUGACCUCAGAUGAACCAGAGCCCCAUGACAAAGCCUCUAGCUUUAACCAUGGCAUCCUGACCAGUAACUACCAUACCAUUGCAUCCCUGCGGGUCCCAAUAGCCGAGGCUGAGUCCUACUUUGACAUAUGUGAAAAUGAAGAGGAAGAGGAAGAUGACCUGGAUGGAGAAGAGAAGUACUCACAAGGCAAUAUGUCAUCAGUCUGCAGUACUGCAGAUUUUCGUCCUGAAGUCCCAAAGGAGGAAGAUGAAGAAACAAACACGCCUGUGGACUGCUGCAGCGACAAGUUUUACAGUGGCUGUCCACUCCUGGACAUAGACACUUCCCAGGGCCGUGGGAAAGUCUGGUUUAAUUUCAGGAGAACUUGUUUCACUAUUGUAGAGAACAACUACUUUGAGACAUUCAUCAUAUUCAUGAUCCUGCUGAGCAGCGGUGCUCUGGCUUUUGAAGAUAUCUACAUGGAGCAGCGUCGGGUCAUAAAGACGAUCCUGGAGUAUGCGGAUCAGGUGUUCACCUACGUGUUCGUGGUGGAGAUGGUUCUCAAGUGGGUCGCCUAUGGAUUCAAGACCUACUUCACCAACGCCUGGUGCUGGCUUGACUUCCUCAUUGUAGAUGUGUCUCUGGUGUCGCUAACAGCAAAUAUCCUAGGAUACUCUGAGCUGGGAGCCAUCAAGUCCUUGCGGACCCUAAGAGCUCUGAGGCCCCUGAGAGCCCUCUCCCGCUUUGAGGGGAUGAAGGUGGUGGUUAAUGCUCUGGUUGGAGCAGUCCCAUCAAUCUUCAACGUCCUCCUUGUGUGUCUGAUCUUCUGGCUGAUUUUCGGCAUCAUGGGCGUGAACCUGUUUGCAGGAAAGUUUUAUUACUGCUUCAAUGAGACAUCGGAGGAGUUGUUUCUCCCUGAGAGGGUUGACAACAAGACCCAGUGUUUGGCUCUGAUUCAGGAAAACUUCACUGAGGUCCACUGGAAGAACCUGAAGAUCAACUACGACAAUGUUGGAAUGGGCUACCUGUCUCUGCUGCAAGUGGCCACAUUUAAAGGCUGGAUGGAUAUCAUGUAUGCAGCAGUAGACUCAAGAGAGGUGGAAUCCCAGCCAAUGUAUGAGGACAACCUGUACAUGUACCUGUACUUCGUCUGCUUUAUCAUCUUUGGCUCAUUCUUCACCCUCAACCUUUUCAUCGGAGUCAUUAUAGACAACUUCAACCAGCAGAAAGCUAAGAUGGGAGGAGGUGAUAUUUUCAUGACAGAGGAGCAGAAGAAGUAUUACAACGCCAUGAAGAAACUGGGCUCUAAGACACCUCAGAAACCUAUCCCACGGCCUGAGAAUAAGUUUCAGGGUCUGGUCUUUGACUUGGUGACCCAACGUUUUUUUGACGUUCUCAUCAUGGUGUUGAUCUGUCUCAACAUGGUGACUAUGAUGGUGGAAACAGAUGAGCAGAGCAAGGACAAAGAAAUCAUCCUUUACUGGGUCAACCUUGUUUUCAUCAUCAUCUUCUCCACAGAGUGCGGUCUAAAGAUCAUCGCUCUGCGGCAGCACUACUUUGCCGUCGGCUGGAAUAUCUUUGAUUUUGUGGUGGUUAUACUUUCCAUUGCAGGCCUUCUCCUUGCUGACAUCAUAGAAAAGUACUUUGUAUCACCUACGCUCUUUCGUGUGAUCCGAUUGGCUCGUAUUGGCCGAAUCCUUCGUCUUAUUCGUGGAGCCAAAGGGAUCCGGACGCUGCUCUUUGCCUUGAUGAUGUCCCUUCCUGCUCUCUUCAACAUUGGUCUCCUUCUCUUCCUCAUCAUGUUUAUUUUCUCCAUCUUUGGUAUGUCUAACUUUGCCUACGUGAAGAAGGAAGCGAUGAUUGACGACAUAUUUAACUUUGAGAACUUUGGAAACAGCAUGAUCUGCCUCUUCAUGAUCACCACAUCAGCAGGAUGGGAUGGACUGCUAAAUCCCAUCAUGAACACGCCCCCAGACUGCGACCCAGACUUUGAAAACCCAGGAACGACUGUCAGAGGGAACUGCGGCAGCCCAGCAUUAGGCAUCGUUUUCUUCACCACGUACAUCAUCAUGUCCUUUUUGGUGGUGGUUAACAUGUACAUUGCCAUCAUCCUGGAGAACUUCAAUGUAGCUACAGAGGAGAGCAGCGACCCACUGUGUGAAGAUGACUUUGAGAUGUUUUAUGAAACCUGGGAAAAGUUUGACCCCGAUGCCUCACAGUUCAUACAUUACAGUGAGCUGUCAGACUUCUGCGAUGCUCUGCAGGAUCCUCUGAGGAUUCCCAAACCCAACGCUGCCACCCUGAUCCAAAUGGACCUGCCUUUGGUACCCGGAGAAAAGCUGCACUGUCUGGACAUACUGCUUGCUCUCACUGCACAGGUUUUAGGUGAUUCCGGGGCCAUGGAUGCUCUAAAAGGCAACAUGGAAGACAAGUUCACAGCCAACAACCCAUCCAAGGAGUCAUAUGAACCAAUCAGCAGUACUCUGCGGAGGAAACAGGAAGAGGUAGCAGCGACAGUGAUCCAGAGAGCGUACAGGAAGCACCUCCUUCAGCGGGGCAAGGUCAAACGGGUAUCCUACAAAUACGGAGAGAAGCUGGACGGACGACAGGACAAGCCACCAGAGACAGAAGCAACUCUUUCUAAAGGACUGAGUCAGCCGUACAGCGGCAGCCACGAGCAGACGGCUUCAGGUCAGGUGCAUCCCACCCGGGUAGAGCUUCAGAGCGAGUUUGUUCUCCGCGCCGCCCCGCCGUGCAGCACUCAUGAGUUUGUUCAAGAUGAGAACCUGAGGGAAUCUGUCGUGUGACAGCACACCUGUUCCUCCAGUUUCUCCUCUCACCUGUGGAAGCUGCAGCUGGCGUUCUUUCUACAAACUCAGCAGAGACUCUGUUUUUCCGGUGUGUUCAGAGGUUAACACCUUUGUUAAUGCCCUGUGUGACGUCAAACUUUGCAGGUGACCCUGAUUAUUGAUUGUUUCUGAGUCACCUCGAUCGACUCAAAUGUUAUGAUGGAUGUGUUUGAUAUUGUAUCUGAAACUGCCUGAGACAGUACUCAUUAAUUCAUAACAGGCAUGUGCUACUAACCUGAACCUAAGAGCUGACAGUCAAUGAGAGUACAGCAUGUUAGCAGGUGAAGAAGUUCUGGUUAAAGUAGUUCAAAUAUAACCACAUGUUUACCUAUUUAAUUAACAUUUCAUCAACAAAAGACUCAACCUACAAGUUGUUUGUAUUCCCAGUUCUUAAUACUUCCAGUUUGUUGAAUGCAGCUGCAGGUGCUUUCUUUACGCAAAAUCAAAGCUUCUGCAGAGUUGAUAAAACGGGAAGUGUUGUUUUACUGGCUGAGGCAGCUUGUUUGCUGUAUGCUGACACUGUUCCUGAUUGGUGAACAUUUCUGACACACUAAUGACAUAAAAGCAAACACCCCUCAAAGACUGCUGCACACCUUUUUAAUAAAACAUGUCCAUGUACCUGGAAAUGAAAAGAAAUAAAACUGUUACACUGAAAAUGGACAGCCAAUAGGAACAGGCUGUUUUUGUGAUGUAAACAGUGUUUAUUCACUGAAGAAGAAGAGAAGUAAUUUCUUUUUUCUCUUUUUAUGGACUCUGCUGAGUUUCAGUGAUCCUAAAACCUUUGUCUCUUCUCAAAAUACAUUUAUGUUGUUUUUUUACAGACUUCACUUGCAGGUGAACUUUGUCAAACUGUCUUCUUGUUGUUAAGAAACUUUUGCUUCAUGUGGUGGAUGAGUCUCAGCCAUCUGAGUGGUCAGUUGGAUGGAGGAUAGUUGUGACCUGCAGUAAAACAAAGCUUCUGUAAGUGUUGUCAUGACGUUUAUGUCUGUACAUAUCAAUAAAGUUUUCCGAUUCGCAACUGCA